ACGCUGCCAGUCAGUCCCGAGCAGGCGAGUGCAGCGCUGCCAACAUGGAGGCGAAGGCGGUCCCCAGCGUGACUUUCCGCGACGGCCGCCAGAUGCCGCUCCUCGGGCUGGGCACCUUCAUGGCGUCCAGCGAGGUGGUGGGACAGGCGGUGGACGCGGCCCUGGAGACCGGCUACAGACACAUCGACACAGCCUACUUGUACGGCAACGAGGCGGCCAUCGGCCAGACGCUGAAGAAGUGGCUGGACUACGGCAGACUCAAGAGGGAGGAGUUGUUCGUCGUCACCAAGCUACCGAACACCGGCAACCGGGCGGAGAGCGUGGAAAAGUACAUGAAGAAGUCCCUGGAGGCGCUCCAACUGAGCUACGUGGACCUCUACCUGGUCCACAGCGCAGUCGGCUACCUCGAGAAGGAGAACAGUUCACCGUUCAACCGAGAGCUCGACAUGUCCACAGACCACAUCAGCCUCUGGAAGGCGAUGGAGGCUCAGGUGGACGCCGGCAGGGCCCGCUCCAUCGGCCUGUCCAACUUCAACGCGCGCCAGGUGAAGCGCAUCGUGCAGGCGGCCAGGAUCCCGCCGGCCAACCUGCAGGUCGAGCUGAACGUGUACUUCCAGCAGCGGGAGCUGGUGGCCUUCUGCAAGGCCUUGGACGUCACCGUGUGCGCCUACGCCCCGCUGGGGUCGCCCGCCUUCCCGGAGUUCCUCAGCAUGUUCGGCAACAGUCUGUCGGACACGCCAAUCCUGAGCCCGCUGAGCGACCCGGUGGUGGCGGGCGUGGCUGAGAAGCACGGCCGGACGCCGGCGCAGGUCCUGCUGAGGCACGUCGUGCAGAGAGGCGUCGUCGCCAUCCCCAAGAGCUCCAACCCCGAGCGCAUCAGGGAGAACUUCCAGGUUUUCGAUUUCGAACUCGACGCGGAUGACUUGGAAAAGCUGGACGCGCUCGACAAAGGUCCCAAGGCUCGGGUCUUCGGCGGGAACAUGAGGAAAGAUAUGUUACGUCAUCCAGAGUACCCGUACAACGACCGUUACUGAGUCGCACGAUGGCCUAUGCAAGGAAGAAGGCGCGCUCCAGUUCAGUUCAGCUUUAUUCGUUAUUAAUUAUUAAACAACUGUAUACAAUUAUCAAUAAAUUUUACUGAUAUCGUG